AUGGGCCUCCAGGAAUUCCAGGUCGUGGGCCGCCAUCUCCCCACCGAGUCGGAUCCGACCCCCAAAAUCUACCGCAUGCGCAUCUUUGCGCCCAACGAAGUCGUUGCCAAGUCCCGAUUCUGGUAUUUCCUUAGGCAAUUGAAGAAGGUCAAGAAGGCCAGCGGUGAAAUCAUCGGUGUCAACGUCAUCCACGAGAAAAAGCCUUUGAAGGUCAAGAACUUCGGUAUCUGGCUCCGAUACGACUCGCGCUCCGGCACGCACAACAUGUACAAGGAGUUCCGUGACCUCUCGCGUGCUGAUGCCGUGAAGAGCCUCUACCAGGACAUGGCUGCCAGGCAUCGUGCCCGCUUCCGCUCCAUCCACAUUCUCCGUGUGGUUGAGAUUGAGAAGACGGAGGACAUCCGCCGCCCAUACAUCAAGCAACUCUUGACCCCAGGGCUCAAGUUCCCCCUUCCCCAUCGCGUCAGCAAGGCUCGUUCGACCUUCGUUGCCCACCGUCCCAGCACUUUCUAA